AUGCAACCUAUCAAUGUUGCCUUGUCUAAUAUUCGUCCUAAUGUGACAAUUUAUGGCGGCAACAGACCAAACUUCCUUUCGUCAUGGUUUUUUCUUUGGAUAUUUCGUUUGUUAAAAAUAUCCACAAAACAUAAUUUAGCAGACGAAAACCUGACUUUACAAGAGUCCGAAAGGGCGCAGUUUGUAGGUGACAGGUUGGAAGGUUUUUGGGGAGUUGAGCUUGAUAAUAAAAAAACUAGUAAACCUUCAAUUUGUCGGGCUCUUAUCAAAUCGUUUGGAACUACUUAUGCUCUUCUUGGACUUUAUAAACUCUUCGCUGCCGGAUUCAUGUUUGUGGGCUAUUAUUAUAUUAUAAAUCAACUCAUUUUACUCAUUGAAAUGCAAAAUAUAUCAGAGCAAGCAAAUGUUUCUGAGCAUUUAUAUGCUGUGGGCUUUUUCUUGUGCGCUUUAGCGUUUAGUAUAUUUAAUAAUCAAGUGACUUCCGAAUCAACGCGAAUAGGUGUUCAGGUUCGUGCUGCAUUAAUGGUUUUGAUAUAUCGGAAAUCAUUACGACUUGGUACAAUCGGUGGCGGUAUUGGUGAUGUUG